GAGCGAAACCGGGGGAGAAGAGACUGGCUCUGAGGAAGAGACAGGCACAAUACAGGAGGAGAGACAGGUUGUCAGACAUGGCAUCCACUGGGACUCACGUUGACUCCAAAGCAGAGCUGACCUCCCUGUUAGAACAAUGGGAGACCGGACACGGCAGCGGGCAGGACAUGGUGCCCAUAUUAACCAGGAUAUCGGAACUGAUUGAGAAAGAGACAGAAGAAUAUCGCAAGGGCGACCCCGACCCCUUCGAUGACAGACACCCAGGUCGAGCAAACCCCGAGUGCAUGCUGGGACACCUUCUGCGCAUUCUGUUCAAGAACGACGACUUCAUGAAUGCUCUGGUGAACGCCUACGUCAUGACCAGCCGCGAGCCUCCACUUAACACGGCCGCCUGCCGCCUGCUACUGGACAUAAUGCCUGGGCUCGAGACUGCUGUGGUUUUCCAAGAGAAGGAAGGAAUUGUCGAAAAUCUUUUCAAGUGGGCACGGGAAGCCGAGCAGCCCCUCCGUACAUAUGCGAUCGGACUGCUAGGAGGAGCCAUGGAGAAUCAAGAUAUUGCUGCAAAUUAUCGCGAUGAAAACUCUCAAAUGGUUGCGCUUGUUUUGCGCAGACUCCGUGAACUUCAGUCCAGAGAAGCAUGUAAUAAGCAGGAAAACAAGCGUCACAGUCCUCGUAAGCCCCUUGGUGAGCCGCUCCUCCCACUGGACGAAGAGGCUGUGGACAUGGACUAUGGAGAAAACUCACUUGUUACAAGAUCAAAGCCGGAAAAUAUUGACCUCUCUUUCCAGGCAGAGACAUCUCCAGGUCUUGGGGUCAUGGUUAAUUCUGAUGGCACUGGACCACCGCGGAGAACAAAACCGGACACGGAAACUCACCGCAAAGUGAAGCAGAAGCUAAGCUUCUCUGAGUUUGAGCGAGCACCAAGCGAACUUUCCAACAGCAGCUGGUCAGAGAUGUCUCUCUGGGUUAUUGGCACCAACUACAGCUUGUCCCCCCUGACCCCAGCUAUUGAACAACGGCUGAUCCUACAAUACCUCACGCCACUCGGAGAAUACCAGGAGGUGAGGAGCAGCUGCCACUUACAUUACUCUAGUAUGCUACUUCGUCACUCUCUGCUGCUCCCGAUAUUCAUGCAGAUGGGAUCCCGGGAACUCAUGAUGUAUUACAUCGACCUGAAGCGGACAAACGACGUUCUCCUCACGUUCGAGGCUCUGAAGCAUUUGGCAUCUCUCCUCCUUCACAACAAGUUUGCUGCAGAGUUCGUUGCUCAUGGUGGAGUGCAGAAACUGCUUGAGAUUCCCCGUCCUUCCAUGGCAGCUACUGGGGUGUCCAUGUGUCUGUACUACCUGUCCUACAAUCAGGAUGCUAUGGAACGGGUCUGCAUGCAUCCUCACAAGGUGCUGGCAGAUGUGGUAAACUACACACUGUGGCUCAUGGAGUGCUCCCAUGCAUCAGGCUGCUGUCAUGCCACCAUGUUUUUCUCCAUCUGCUUCUCUUUCCGAGCUGUUCUGGAGCUGUUUGACAACCAAGAUGGACUGCGGCGGCUGGUUAAUCUAAUCAGUACUUUGGAGAUCCUGAACCUAGAAGACCAGGGGGCUCUGUUGAGUGAUGAUGAGAUUUUUGCAAGUCGGCAAACAGGAAAACACACGUGCAUGGCCUUGCGCAGAUACUUUGAAGCUCAUCUCUCCAUUAAGGUGGAACAAGUCAAGCAAUCCUUGCAGCGCACAGAAGGAGGCCUGCCGAUCCACCCUCCCCCACCUUACAAGUCCUGUACUUACAUCCGAGAGCAGAUUGUGGAGAUGAUGGAGUACCUGAUUGCAUUCGGCCCUUCUCAGCUGUACUGGGAACCUGCAGAGGUUUUCCUUAAACUGUCCUGUGUGCAGCUGCUUCUUCAGCUCAUCUCAAUCGCCUGCAGCUGGAAGACCUAUUACGCAAGAAAUGACACGGUCCGCUACGCUCUGGAUGUCCUCGCCAUUCUCACUGUGGUGCCAAAAAUUCAGCUGCAGUUGGCAGAACAGGUGGAUGUUUUGGAUGAUGCAGGUUCCACGGUCUCCACUGUAGGGAUGAGCAUAGUCCUGGGUGUGGCUGAGGGGGAAUUUUUCACCCAUGAUGCAGAGAUACAGAAAUCAGCAUUACAGAUAAUCAUCAACUGUGUAUGCCCCCCCGAAACCCGCAUCUCCUGCAUUGCCAAAUAUGUCUCUGGAACCCCACGGAGGCGUACACCCAUCUCUCAAAGUUUACAGCCCCAUGGACAUGGGGGGAGCGGGGAGCCGACAUUGACCAAGAUGUGGAAUGUGGUUCAGUCUAAUAAUGGCAUCAAGGUGCUUCUCUCGCUGCUGUCGGUGAGGAUGCCCAUAACAGAUGCUGACCAGAUCCGGGCUCUGGCCUGCAAAGCACUGGUUGGUCUCAGCCGUAGCAGUUCUGUCAGGCAAAUCAUCAGCAAGCUUCCCUUAUUCAGCAGUGGUCAAAUCCAGCAACUAAUGAAGGAGCCAAUCCUCCAGGAUAAGCGCAGUGAACAUGUCCGUUUCUGCAAGUUUGCAGCAGAGCUCAUCGAAAGAGUGUCCGGGAAGCCCCUGCUGAUGGGCAGUGACGUAUCGCUGGCACGACUUCAGAAAGCAGAUGUUGUGGCGCAGUCUCGUAUCUCCUUCCCAGAGAAGGAGCUUCUGCUGUUAAUUCGCAAUCAUCUCAUUUCCAAGGGGCUCCAGGAAACGGCAACAGCUUUGACUCGAGAGGCAGACCUACCUAUGACUGCCGCGUCGCACUCCUCGUCCUUCCUGCCAGCAGCCACCACUCAGCCGCCUGCUACCGCUUCACCUGUUACCCUACCACGGACACCACGUAUCCCUGCCCGCUUGUCUUCCAGCUCUAUGUGCCCUCACCCUCCUUCUCGCAGCCAGCUUCCCCCUCAGUUGUCAUCGCCUGUCCCUGCCUCUACAGGUUCCCCUCUAAUUGGUCGUAUUAGUUUUGUGAGAGAACGCCAGUCACCCUGCAAUGGAAAGAGAUCACGUGUUCUGAGACAAAAGUCUGACCAUGGCGCCUACAGCCAGAGCCCUGCAUUCAGAAAACAGCUGGACCGGCUUGUGCCUUCCCCUCCCACUCUGGACAGUAUCAUGACCGAAUACUUACGGGAGCAGCACGCUCGGUGUAAGAACCCAGUCGCCAUUUGCCCACCCUUUUCCCUUUUUACUCCCCAUCAAUGUCCAGAGCCUAAGCAACGCAGACAAGCACCCACCAAUUGCACUUCACGACUGACCCGCCGUGCCGCCUUUCCAAAAUAUGGGGGUGCGGAUGGAGGCUGCUUCGACCGACACCUUAUAUUCGGCAGGUUCCGUCCAAUCUCUGUUUUCAAAGAGGCCAAUGAGGAUGAAAGUGGGUUUACCUGUUGUGCGUUUUCAGCUCGAGAACGUUUCCUGAUGUUGGGCACCUGCACAGGGCAACUCAAGCUGUAUAAUGUGUUCAGCGGUCAGGAAGAAGCCAGUUAUAAUUGCCACAACUCUGCCAUAACGCAUCUGGAGCCGUCACGGGAUGGAUCGCUUCUUCUGACUGCAGCCACUUGGAGUCAGCCGCUGUCUGCGUUAUGGGGCAUGAAGUCGGUCUUUGAUAUGAAGCAUUCAUUUACAGAGGAUCAUUAUGUGGAGUUCAGCAAGCUGUCCCAGGACCGUGUCAUCGGCACGAAGGAAGACAUCGCCCAUAUUUAUGACAUCCAGACAGGACAGAAGUUGCUGACUUUAUACAACCCCGAUCUGGCUAAUAACUACAAGCGUAACUGUGCCACCUUCAACCCCACGGAUGACCUGGUGCUGAACGAUGGGGUCCUGUGGGAUGUGCGCUCCACUCAAGCUAUUCAUAAGUUUGACAAAUUCAACAUGAACAUCAGUGGAGUUUUCCAUCCGAACGGCCUGGAGGUCAUCGUCAACACUGAGAUUUGGGACCUGCGGACCUUCCACCUUCUCCACACGGUGCCGGACCUGGACCAGUGCCGCGUGGUCUUCAAUAACACGGGGACGGUGAUGUAUGGAGCCAUGCUACAGGCUGAUGAGGAGGACGACCUCCUGGAGGAGAGGAUGAAGAGUCCGUUUGGUUCCUCUUUCCGUACAUUUAAUGCCACCGAUUACAAACCCAUCGCCACCAUUGAUGUGAAGCGGAACAUAUUCGACCUGUGCACGGACACCAAAGACUGCUACCUGGCUGUCAUCGAGAACCAAGGAGCGAUGGAUUCUCUGAACAUGGACACCGUCUGCCGGCUGUAUGAGGUCGGGCGGGAGCGGCUGGCAGAAGAUGAGGACGAGGAGGAGGUUCAGGAAGAGGAAGAACAAGAGGAUGAGGAAGAUGAUGAUGAUGACGACGAUGAUGACUCUGAUGACCUUGGACCCCUGCUGACCGCUGAGCUGGAGGAAGAGGAUGAUGCAGGGGAGCAGGCAGGAGAGGAUGGCGAGAACGACUUCUCACCUUCUGAUGAUGAGGAACUUGCAAAUUUGCUGGAAGAUGAAGAUGAUGGAAAUGAUGAUGGUCAUGAUGAAGACUCUGACAUUGACCAAGAAGUGGAGAUGAUACUGGGAGACUCUGACAGCUCAGACAACUCUGAUCUUGAAGACGACAUUAUCCUAGCAUUGAAUGAGUGAGGGGCUGCAGGGUCCUUCCCUCCUGGAGACAGAAGAGCGGAGCUGCGUUUCGCUGUGAGGUUUGUCAGGUUGUAAUAAAGGCCUCCUCCCUGUGCUCCGGCGACUCUUCCCCCUCUGUUCCCACAGACUCCAUGACGGACAUUUUUUCUUUUGUAAACAACAGAGCUCUUAACAGAAUAGUUUUAUAGAAAAAGGAAAAAAAUGUAACCAAAAAACUACGCUGGACUGUGCCCCUUCCCUCGGCAAAAAAUGUUUCCUUUCUUUUUAAUGUGUCUUGUUUUUGAGUUUUUUUUGCACAGGAUCAUCAGGGGGGAGAGGAUUUUGUGCAGCAAAGUAUUUUUAUGGCAGAAUUGUAAUAUAUUCCAUAGGAAAUGUGUAUUUUUGUUUCUUUUCAAUCGUGUACUUUUGGGGUGCAGCAGCGCGGGGAGGUCCGGCAGUCUGCGCCCGGUGCCAGAGGGUAGAGAUCAAAUGAAUUCCUAUCGGUGGGGAUCCUGUGGCAUUUUGGGAAGCGGGAGAGAUGUUAUUUCUGUGCGUCUUCAGAGGAUCGGUCAGCGGUAUCCCCACCCUCGUCCGCAUCAUGUAAUGUGACUCAUCAUCUCUGGACUCCCCAGAAUUCUCGUCUGAUGUUUGUUUACUGUGAAUCACGAAUCAGAAAUCAUUUCUUUUCUGUAAAGUGUAUUUAUUUAAAAAAUAAAUGGAAAAGUCACC